AUGGUUUCAUCAGAGGCUUCUACUAGUGCAGCCGAGGCUUGCCAUGCUUCCGUCUUACACUACCUGGAUCGAUGUGUUGAGAUAUGCGACCGACUGACAUUCAGUAAAGGAAGUUCGGAUGAGCCGUUGGGUAUUCUCCUAGAAGCGGAGAUCCAAGCUUUACAAACUCAAGUCUACACCCUCAAAUUCGAGGUCGCCAAUCGUGACCUGAAUACGGUAGCCAAAGCUUUACUGGCGACAAAGGUAUCGCUUCUAAAUACCUUGAAUUUGCUCGAUUUUUACCGCCACGAGGAACGUCGCGGCCAUGAUGGUGCGCUGAAUUCGCUAUUUGCAUCACGAUACAUUCUCAACCGCAACCAAGACUACCACGGUCCAAACGCACCGUAUUCUGAUGAGAAAUAUAUUCGUAUGGGCAAAGAACUCCAUGAGUUAGUAAGCAGCUUAACGCAGGAAGCUGUUAACCCGGCAGCACACGCUUUCGAGAGACAUCAAUCCAGAAUCGAAGCUUUCCUGCAUCGCAUCCAUGAACAGUUUCGCCCACGUUGUAUCAGCAAGUACCAAACAGCAGCCGAUGUACCAUUCAUUCAAGAUACAACCGGCCCUGCAUACUCAGGCAGUUUUGGCGUUGUCAAGAAAGUCACCCAUAAACGAACCCGAGAGCUUCUAGCAAUGAAGACAUUCUAUAAUGUUUUUUCAGUUAAGGAGAAAGAUCAAAUACGAAGAGAGAUUGGUUUGCUAGAAGUUUGCUCCCACAGGAACAUCGUACGCUAUGUCGAAGCAUUCAGCAUGGACGACGAUGAACAUACCAUACACUUAGUAAUAGCACCUUGGGCGCCAUACACCUUAACAAAGUUCCUCCGAACCCCCGACCUGACCCGAAGGAAACAAUGUCCUUGGUUUGAACUGAACACUCCGAAAUCGCAUCGCUGUGUAUAUCGAAUUAUGUACGAACUUUCCGAUGCACUCGGGUACCUCCACAGUCAAUCAAUAAAGCAUAAGGACCUAAAGCCUGACAACAUUCUUCUCUAUCACGAGGAAAGCAAUUAUGUCAUGCCAGUGAUCACUGACGUUGGUGUCAGUAAAAUCUUUGUGCGUGGAGCUGCGACGAAGUAUACUGACAGCACAUGGGAGUAUCUUGCCCCAGAACAGCAUGCAGAGAAGGAGAGCACCCCUACAUCUGAUAUUUGGCAACUAGGAUGCUGCUUUGCCGAGCUCCUCGCUGUAACGGCCGCAGGCACAUCAGGAUUUGAAGAGCUUCAUGACAGUUUUAAUAGAGAUGAUAAAGACUGUUCAUGCUCAAUCGCGUAUGAGCAUACUCGAUUUAUGGAGACAUUGACCACAAUCUGCAUGUGUGGUAACGCUGCACUGGAGAGGGCAUUCGAAGUCACCUCUGCUAUGCUGGAGGUAGAUCCAUCUCUCAGACUAGAAAUCGGGCUAGUCAAGUCCGCCCUUUCGGACUUACCUGGCUUGACUGAUUCCUAA